CAUGAAGUAUUUUGUGUUUAUUUAUAAAAACCUCAUAUUGAUUGCAAAUUGCAACUGAAUUUAUUUAUUUUAAUUUGUACACUUACAUAAAUUAACAUAAACCAUGAAUUUUAAAUUCCUAACAUUCAUGUUUAACGUACUUUUAUGCUUUUCAAAAAUAAACUGUGAUAUGAUGCCAAUAAUUCGAGUUGAAAUGAACAAUGCCGGUUUCCAUAGAGAUCUACAAUAUACAAUUGAAUUUGACUAUCCUCUAGCGGGAAAAGAUUGUGAAUUAUAUUUAGAACAAAAACUUCCAGCUGCAGUUUAUGUUAAUGUGGAUCAAUUGGAUGAUUUGAAAAGACUUAAAAAGUUGGAUGCAAUUUAUCCAAAAUUUGUUGAUGUUGAACUCCCAACUGAAAAAGCGAAAGAAUACACAGUUUUGCUUCAUGGAGCUCCAAAAAUUACCGAAAAUCUUAAACUUCCAAUACACUUUCGAUAUCAUUCGCCUGGUGAUACAAGUUUCGUAAAUGUAGAAAUAAGUACUCCGGAAGUGUUUAUGCGAUGUCCAGGCGAUGACCUCACGAACUAUGACGAACUUCUGGAAGAUCCAAACAACGAUUAUUGUCUAACUAAUGACAAGUUCAUCCUUCCUCAAGACACGACGGCGGCGUCGGCAUCAGCCGUAACAGAUUCAAGUGACUGUGAUUGGAAACUUUUAAAAAAGACAACACGUUUAAAAGCCCCCCUCAUCGCUAAAAUCCCAAUUGGAGAUGCCAAAUCCUUUCAAACAGUUUUAUAUGCGACAAUCUUAAUAAGUUGGAUUGCUUCAAUUUGGUUUGUAUACGAAUCGCAAUCAAUAUCAAGAAAAAUAAAUUAUAAAUUAGAAAAUCAAAGAAUUCUAGAUAAGAAAUACAAUUGAUGUUAGUUUUCGUGAUAAAA